ACCUGCAAAAAAAAAAAAAAAAAAAAAAAAAAAAAAAAAAAAAAAAGAAAGGAGAGGUUGAAAGAAAGAAAGGGAGAAGAAGAAAAGAGAAAUGAGCGAUGAAAAAAAAAAGCGAGGCUGCACCUAGAUAAGCCGGGAUGAGACAUAGGGCCUGCCAUGGUAGAAUUGAUACAUGCAUAUGAAUGAGUGAUUAUGAAUUGCUUAACCCUAACAUUAGCUGUUUUACAUAGAAGAGUUAAGGUAAAAGUGGUUGGUUUGUGGCCAUACUGGCAACGCAUCAUUAUUUCACAAGGUCAAAGGGCAGUAUCGGAAUGACGGAAGGGACUUCGCUACCGAUGAUCAACAUGGGGGAUGAAACGGAACGGGUGGCUCAACAAGAAUCUGCCAUCGCCGAGGAGAAUAGAAUUCUCAGGCAACAAAUGAUUGAGAUGUUGCAAGGAUGGUCGAAUGGUCAACAACCUCCUCAGUCAAUCCCUGGGUUCCCCGACAUCACUUCCGUCGCACAGGCAUGCUCACAAGCACCGUUAUCUACUGCGGAAGACCCGGUAUACCCACCUGGGUUUGGUCAUUACACCAAUUUGCCGAAUACGGCGGAAACUUCUGUAGGUCGUCCUCCAAGGGUACCAAUCAGGACCGAUCAUUCCGGGAUUGCAACCACUGGGCCUGCCUACAUAUACUCACUGUCUAACCCCAAUCAUGUUGCAAAUGUAAGACCCGUUUACACAAUACCGCCACUUGCGGUUAUGCAAAGGUCAAACCUUGUGCCACCAUCUGACAUCCGUCAAGAGCAGCAUUUUGCACCCGAUUUUGCAUUUGGGGCUCCUGAUCCUUAUCAUCAGACUCUACAUUUUAGUCCUCUAAUCGAUUCUGAAGGACCUGCUAAGAAUGCGGUUACGCAUCUUGGCCAUGAAUAUAGAGGUCCUGCUAAGAAUGCGGUUACGCAUCUUGGCGCUGAGUAUGGAGUUGCUACUAAGAAUGUAGAGCAUGACGAAAUGGUUAGGAAGAUGAAAAGUCUAGAACAAGCUAUGAAGAACUUGCAUGGAUCAGGAAGCUAUAAAAGCGUUUCAUACAGUGAUUUGUGUAUGUUCCCGAGUGUUCACUUACCUCCGGGGUUUAAGACACCGAAGUUUGACAAGUACGAUGGGCACGGUGAUCCCAUAGCUCAUUUGAGGAGAUACUGCAACCAACUGAGAGGAGCUGGGGGUAAUCAGGAAUUGCUCAUGGCUUACUUUGGGGAGAGUCUGACUGGUUUAGCUUCGGAAUGGUUUAUUGAUCAGGACAUUGUGAAAUGGCAUACUUGGGAUGAUAUGGCAAAUGAGUUCGUGCAACAAUUUCAGUACAAUAUUGAUCUGGUUCCUGAUAAAAAGUCUCUAACCAACCUGAAGAAAAAAGUUACCGAAAGUUUUAGGGAGUUUGCGGUUCGUUGGCGUGAACAAGCUGCAAGGGUAAAGCCACCAAUGAGAGAAGGAGAGAUGGUGGAGACUUUUCUCCAAGCACAAGAUGAGACAUAUUAUCAACACAUGAUCCCAGCCUUAGGAAAACCGUUCAUUGAGGCCAUUAAAAUGGGAGAAAUAAUAGAAGAAGGAAUCAAAACAGGACGCAUUGUCGGCUUUGCCGCGUUGAAGGCAACAACCCAAGCCAUUCAAAAUGGUUCAGGGAGUUUUGGUGGAAAGAAGAAAAAGGAAGACGUAGCUACGGUUGCGCCUGGGCUACGGCGAAACCCGAGGGGCCCGCCUCGCCAAUACACUCAACCCCAACCCCAACCCCAACCCCAAAACUACACCCAAGAUCCAUAUAAUUACCCACAACACUACUUCCCUCCCCAAAACCCACAAUAUUCUAUUCUGCCCCCUCAGUACCCCAUAUACAGUACGCAGCCAUAUGUCCAGCCCCCUUGUUACCCGCAAUGGCGUGCACCAACCCCGCAAGUCCGUCCUCCACCUCCACAGACUUACCAAGGCCCUCCCAGAUCCAAUUUUCGGCCCAGGCCGGAGUACAAAAGGGCAAAUACGGUCAAGGAUAACUUUACCCCCAUUGGGGAAUCAUAUGCUGAUUUGUUUCAGAAGUUGAGGGCAUUAAAUGUUUUAAGCCCAAUUGAAGGAAGGAUCCCAAACCCUCCUCCGAAAAAUCUUGAUUACUCUCAAAGAUGUGCUUAUUGCUCUGAUACCCCGGGACACAAUAUAGAGAAAUGUUGGUAUUUGAAGAAAGCAAUCCAAGAUUUGAUUGAUACACAACAAAUUGUGGUGCAAAAUGCAGAUAUACCGAAUAUCAAUCAAAACCCACUACCAAAUCAUAAAGAAACAAACAUGUUGGAGUUGAUCUAUGGUAGUGAUGGGUCUGAUGUUCCAUACAAGCCUAUCAUGAAGAUUGAAGCAGGCGUGGAGAAAUCAGUAAAUGUGGCAGAUUCCGCAAAAACAGCACCUUUGGGGUUAAAUGAGGUUACAAAGAGACCAAUCCAGUCAGACGCGAUGAAACCCUUAUUGAUUGUGAAGGGAGCUCCAGAGAAGGUUGGGGCAAGUCAGGGAAAACCAAAGUUGAUCGUGCCAGGGGUGUCGAGCAGGCCUAUUUUAACUGUCAAAGGGGCGUUCACCACUCCUAUCAUUAUUAAGCCAGUGACACAACUUUCAAUAGUUGAUGCUAAGGCGGUUCCCUGGAAUUAUAAUCAGACUAUGGUUACUUACCAAGGGAAGGAAAUCAUCAAAGAAGUAGACGAAGUAGGGGGCCUGACUCGUUCAGGAAGAUGCUUCGCUCCGGAAGAGUUAAGGAAAACCAAGCAGGUAAGGGAAGGCCAAAUACCCGUUAAGAAACCAGUAACAGAGGAAGAAGCUGAAGAGUUCUUGAAAAAGAUGAAAUUGCCAGACUAUUCCAUUGUGGAGCAAUUAAGGAAAACCCCUGCUCAAAUCUCUUUGUUGUCUUUAUUAAUACACUCAGAUGAACACCGCAAAGCUUUGUUGAAGAUUUUGAAUGAAGCUCAUGUCCCUACUGAGAUUACGGUUAAUCAAUUGGAGAAAAUUGCUGGGAGGAUCUUUGAGGUAAAUAGAAUCACUUUCUCAGAUGAUGAACUACCCGUUGAAGGUACUGGACAUAACCGAAGCCUUCAUAUUACUGUAAAAUGUGAGCUUUCCUAUGUCACGAGAGUUUUGAUUGAUGGGGGCUCUGGUGCAAACAUUUGUCCUCUGUCAACCUUACAAAAACUAAAUGUAAGUACUGAAAGAAUUCGACCAAAUAAUGUGUGUGUUAGAGCUUUUGAUGGAGCGAAAACUGACGCCAUCGGUGAGAUAGAUCUUGUGCUUACAAUAGGGCCUGGUGAUUUUACCAUAGAUUUUCAAGUAUUGAACAUCAAUGCCUCCUAUAAUAUGUUGUUGGGAAGACCGUGGGUACAUAUGGCUGGGGAAAUCCCAUCCACAUUGCAUCAGAUGAUCAAGUUUGAAUAUGAUAGGCAGGAAGUGAUCGUUCACGGUGAAGGGGAUUUGUCCAUUUAUAAAGACUCCACUGUUCCCUUUAUCGAAGUGGAUAAUGCUGAUGAAACACUGGUGUAUCAAGCUUCUGAUAUAGUGGUAGCUGAGCAGAUCCCUGAAGGGAAACCCAUUCUGAGACCGCAGUUGCCUCCAACAUCUGUUAUGGUGGUAAAUGAAUUGUUGAAAUAUGGUUUUGAGCCAGGAAAAGGCUUGGGGGCUUCUCUACAAGGUAUGGUUUAUCCGGUGUGUCCACGUGAGAGUCCAGGUCCAUUUGGUCUGGGGUUCAAACCAACGGCUGAAGAUAGAAAGAGGGUUAAAAAGCGAAAAAAAGAAGCAUGGUCACUUACUAAGCCUGUGCCAUCAAUCUACAAGUCCUUCGUCAAGAAUACCAGCAGUUUUUCCCAGCCAGUACUGGAUGUGGAUUUUGGGUUGAUUGGGUGUUUCCAGAACUUGUUUGUUGAAGCUGAUAUGGUUGAAAUGGGAGGGGGUCCCAGUAACGCGGAUGUGCAGUUCAUUGGCCAUGAUGUCCAACUCAGCAAUUGGGAAGUCACUCCUCUCCCAACCAGGAAGGAGUUUUGUUCUGUUUGUGCUGGUUCUAAUGAUAUGACAUGCAUGCGGAAUUCUCAGCCAGAUUUUAAAAUCCGACCUAACCAUGAAACAAUGAACCAAGAAGUUGAAUAUGAUGAAGAAGAAGUAUUUCAGGAAAUAAGCAGGGAUUUGAAACACUUCGAAGAUAAAACGAACCCUAAUUUGAAUGAAACCGAAGCAAUCAAUCUAGGAGAUCAAGAUAAUGUCAGGGAAACUAAGCUAAGUGUGCAUGUUCAACCACAUUCCAAGAAAGAAUUAAUCCAGGCUUUGUUUAAAUAUAAGGAUGUUUUUGCAUGGUCUUAUGAUGAUAUGCCGGGUUUAAGUACUAAAUUGGUGGUUCACAAAUUGCCAACUGACCCCACAUUCCCUCCUGUGAAGCAGAAAUUAAGGAAACUAAAAUCAGACAUGAGUGUGAAGGUUAAAGAAGAAAUCGAAAAACAACUUGAGUCCAAAGUCAUCCGAGUCGCUCGAUACCCUACUUGGUUAUCCAAUGUUGUCCCCGUUCCGAAGAAGGAUGGCAAAACGCGUGUGUGUGUGGAUUAUCGUGAUCUAAACAAAGCAAGCCCGAAGGAUGACUUUCCAUUGCCCAAUAUCCAUAUUUUGUUAGACAACUGUGCUAAGCAUGAGAUUGCGUCUUUUGUAGAUUGCUACGCAGGGUAUCACCAGAUCGUUAUGGAUGAUGAUGAUGCAGAGAAGACAUCCUUCAUCACAGAAUGGGGUACAUAUUGUUAUCGAGUCAUGCCGUUUGGGUUGAAGAAUGCUGGGGCAACAUAUAUGAGAGCGAUGACCACCAUAUUUCACGAUAUGAUGCAUAAAGAAAUUGAAGUAUAUGUGGAUGAUGUGAUCAUUAAAUCAAGAAAGCAGUCUGACCAUGUCAAGGAUUUGGUGAAAUUUUUCGAAAGGCUUCGCAGGUACAAUCUUAAGCUCAAUCCAGCGAAAUGUAUAUUUGGAGUUCCGUCAGGGAAACUUUUGGGGUUUGUAGUCAGUCGGCGUGGUAUUGAAUUGGAUCCUGCAAAGAUCAAAGCUAUUCAGGAGUUACCACCGCCAAAGAACAAAACCGAGGUAAUGAGCCUACUUGGGAGGUUGAAUUACAUUAGUCGAUUUAUUGCUCAACUCACAACAACUUGUGAGCCCAUUUUUAAGUUGUUAAAGAAGAAUGCUGCGAUUGAAUGGACUGACGAAUGCCAAGAAGCGUUUGACAAAAUCAAGAGGUAUCUGUCGAAUCCACCUGUAUUGGUUCCUCCCGAGCCUGGGAGACCUUUAAUAUUGUACCUAUCAGUCCUGGACAAUUCCUUUGGUUGCGUAUUGGGUCAACAUGAUGUUACAGGCAAGAAGGAACAUGCAAUCUAUUAUCUCAGCAAGAAGUUUACUACUUAUGAGGCUAAGUACACUCAUCUAGAAAGGACGUGUUGCGCUUUGACUUGGGUUGCACAAAAAUUGAAACAUUAUCUUUCGUCCUACACUACUUAUCUUAUCUCCCGCUUGGACCCUUUGAAGUAUAUAUUUCAGAAACCCAUGCCCACGGGCAGGCUUGCAAAAUGGCAGAUAUUACUCACGGAGUUUGAUAUUUCGUAUGUGACUCGGACCGCGAUGAAAGCCCAAGCCUUGGCAGACCAUCUGGCGGAGAACCCAGUGGAUGAAGAAUAUGAGCCAUUGAAAACGUACUUUCCUGAUGAAGAAGUGUCAUGCCUCGAGGAGGUCAUUCCGGAUAACGAUCCGGGUUGGAAGUUGUUUUUUGAUGGGGCUGCUAACAGGAAAGGAGUUGGGGUAGGGGUCGUUCUUAUCUCAGAAUCAGGACAACAUUACCCUGUAACAGCCCAGCUUCGAUUUUAUUGUACCAACAACAUGGCGGAGUAUGAAGCUUGCAUUUUGGGUUUAAGGUUAGCUAUCGACAUGGGGAUUCAAGAAUUAUUGGUAUUGGGGGAUUCAGACUUGCUAGUCCACCAAGUUCAAGGAGAGUGGGAAACCCGCGAUUUGAAGCUUAUACCAUAUCACCAGUGUUUGCAGGAUCUUUGCAGACGGUUCAUAACAGUAAAAUUUAAGCACAUUCCUAGGAUUCAUAAUGAGAUUGCUGAUGCUUUGGCCACCUUGUCUUCAAUGCUCCAGUACCCAGACAAGGCUCACAUUGACCCUUUACAUAUACAAACUCACAAUCAACAUGCUUAUUGCAAUACAGUUGAAGAGGAACUUGACGGUGAGCCUUGGUUCCAUGAUAUUAAAGAAUAUACCGAGUCGGCGAAAUAUCCAGCACAUGCUACCAGUGACCAGAAGAGAGCUAUUCGACGAUUGGCAAGCGGAUUUUUCUUAAGUGGAGGAAUUUUGUAUAAAAAGACUCCAGAUUUAGGACUUUUGAGGUGUGUAGAUGCUAAAGAGGCUACAACUAUCAUGACUGAGAUACAUUCAGGAGUUUGUGGACCGCACAUGAACGGGUAUGUUUUGGCAAAGAAAAUUCUUCGAGCAGGCUAUUACUGGCUCACCAUGGAGCGGGAUUCCAUCCGUUUCGUUCGUAGGUGUCAUCAGUGCCAGGUACAUGGCGACUUGAUACAUUCUCCUCCUUCAGAAUUGCACACAAUGUCUGCUCCAUGGCCUUUCGCAGCUUGGGGGAUGGAUGUGAUCGGACCAAUUGAGCCGAAAGCGUCCAAUGGGCAUAGGUUCAUUUUGGUGGCCAUCGAUUACUUUACAAAGUGGGUGGAAGCAGUAACUCUCAAGUCGGUGACUAAAAAAGCCGUGGUGGAUUUCGUUCAUUCCAACAUCAUUUGCAGGUUCGGGGUCCCGAGGACAAUGAUUACAGAUAAUGCGGCGAAUCUCAACAGUCAUCUGAUGCGUGAGGUAUGUCAGCAGUUUAAGAUUACACAUCGGAAUUCAACUCCAUAUCGUCCGAAGGCAAAUGGGGCUGUGGAAGCUGCUAAUAAGAACAUUAAAAAGUUGUUGGUAUACGGGACCGAAGCGGUUAUACCUGCAGAAGUUGAAAUCCCGUCCCUUCGAAUCACUGAGGAAGCCGGAAUUGAUGACGAUGAGUGGGUCAAAACCCGUUUAGAGCAAUUGAAUCUGAUUGACGAAAAGAGAUUAACAUCGGUAUGUCAUGGUCAACUGUAUCAAAGGAGGAUAGCACGAGCACACAACAAAAAGGUGCGCCCCAGACAUUUUGAAGUGGGUCAAUUAGUGUUAAAGCGGAUUCUUCCACAUCAGGCAGAGGCCAAAGGCAAGUUCGCCCCAAAUUGGCAGGGGCCAUUCGUGGUGAAGAAGGUUUUGCCCAAUGGUGCUUUGUAUCUGACAGACAUAGAAGGCACAAUGUCUGAAACUGCCAUCAAUGCAGAUGCAGUGAAAAGAUAUUAUGUAUGAUUUUCAUCUCCCUACCUUUGAUUUACUUGUUGGGUGCUUGAUAUUUUUAAGGGUUGAUAUGACGAAGGCAGUCUAUUCUGCUACCUAUACAUUAUGUCAUCCCUUGCUACCCCUUUUGAGCCAUAGUUUAUUUUUCUUUCGCAACCCUCGUUUGGAAUCAAGCUUUUCAUAAAUAUUAUUAUAAAAAAAAAAAAACAACAACAACAACAACAAAAUAAAAAUAAAAAAAAUAAAAAAAAAAUCGGAACUACGUCUGACCUGAUUCUUGUCUAGACAAGAUACGUAGGCAACCCUAUUUUGGGGUUCGGUCCAACCAAAGAGAAUCCAAAAUUUCCCGUUUCGAAGAAACUGGGACAGAAGUUAUUAUUUUCUUUUGAGUCGAUUCCAAACGUUGUAAGUUUCAUCCCUUAUUACUUUUGUAUUGUCUUUGAGCCUCCAUGCCAUCCUUUAUUUCCAACCCUAUCCAAAAGCCACGUUACAACCAAAUAAAAGACCUUCAGAUCAAUCAUUAAGAAUGUCAAGGCUGAGCAAGCUAUGAGUAUAAGGCAUUUGCAUCAUUGGCAUCACUUGUGGCAUCAGCAUAAGAGAGAUAGAAGAAAAAUGAAAAUGAGAGAGUCUUAUUGGUGAAAACCCUCACGGGCACCGUAAGACGAUUGUGAGUUGAGAGAAUUGAAAAUGAGAGUCUUAUUGGUGAAAACCCUCACGGGCACCAUAAGGCGAUGGUGAGAUGAAAAAAAUAUAUAAAAAAAUGAGAGAGUCUUACUGGUGAAAACCCUCACGAGCACCAUAAAUCGAUGGGGAGUUGAGAGAAUUGAACAUGAGUGAGACUUGUUGGUCCACUAAUUGUAUGAAGGCCUUGAUUUUGACGCAGUUGUUGGGUGUAUACAUUCGGUUUCGAAGUCAAAGGGUUAGUAAGAGUUUAUGAAUAAUUAGGAAGGACAAAUCAGACUGAUUAAGCCAAAAUGCAUGUCAUAUCAUUGGAGCUGGCUACAACAUUCAGAUAAGUUUUCCCCAUUCUUUUCUUUCUCGAAGAGGACAUCCUUCUGUUAACCUCUUUUCAUCUUUAUCUUUUAUUUUGCUUUCGUCGUUUGGAUUUCAGGCUUUUUCUUCGAGUCAUUCUGUUGUGAGAUAAGUAAGAAAGGAUCACAAAACUUGCUACCAGUUUUCCCAAUUGCGAAGCAAAACAUCUUGGCUAGCACAUGAAGGUAACAUAAUUCAGUCGGCGUAAGAUACUCAACCAGCUGUCGACCAUUAAUAAGUUUUGGAUUCAGGGAAAUACAAGGUUCAAUAAAGUUUGAGUUAACGGACAUUAUGAAACAAGAGAUCUAUGGUCUGGUGUUGAAGUUACUUCUGAGACAUUUUGGAAACCAUGUUUGAGUCAGUAAUGCCGUGGGUCAACAGGAUGCGAUAACUGUCUAAAAGCAGAGCCAAACAAGAUGAGUGCAAAAAGCAGUUGCUUUCACAGACAAGCCAUAAACCAACCACAAAGUUUUGAAACUCACAAAUUUUUCUUUGUUUGAAACAGGGACAUAAAAUUUUAUUCGCUGCCUGCAGGUACAUUCUGAAAAAUGCAAGGCGCAAGUAUUACGAGGACAAAACUCAGGACCCUCCUGGAAAAUGGGAUUUAGGUUAUCAGGACCCUCCUGGAAAAUGGGAUUUAGGUUAUCAGGACCCUCCUGGAGAAUGGGAUUUAGUUAUCAGGACCCUCCUGGAAAAUGGGAUUUAGUAAUUCAGGACCCUCCUGGAGAAUGGGAUUUAGUUAUCAGGACCCUCCUGGAAAAUGGGAUUUAGUUGUCAGGACCCUCCUGGAAAAUGGGAUUUAGUAACUCAGGACCCUCCUGGAGAAGGGGAUUUAGUUAUCAGGACCCUCCUGGAGAAUGGGAUUUAGUUAUCAGGACCCUCCUGGAAAAUGGGAUUUAGUAAUUCAGGACCCUCCUGGAGAAUGGGAUUUAGUUAUCAGGACCCUCCUGGAAAAUGGGAUUUAGUUGUCAGGACCCUCCUGGAAAAUGAGAUUUAGUAACUCAGGACCCUCCUGCAGAAGGGGAUUUAGUUAUCAGGACCCUCCUGGAGAAUGGGAUUUAGUUAUCAAGACCCUCCUGGAAAAUGGGAUUUAGUUGUCAGGACCCUCCUGGAAAAUGGGAUUUAGUAACUCAGGACCCUCCUGAAGAAUGGGAUUUAGUUAUCAGGACCCUCCUGGAAAAUGGGAUUUAGUUGUCAGGACCCUCCUGGAAAAUGGGGGUUAGUUCAUCAAGACCCUCCUGGGAAAAGGGGGUAUAGUUAAGGGACGCACUUCCUAGUUAGUACAUUUGAUUUUACUUCCAUAAUUAAAUUAUUUUAUAGUUUAUAAUUUUGCUAACACUCACCAAAAAAUUUCCUGGUAUGAACUGGGACAGGAAAUUUUGUUCGUGUUCGUUGUUUUUGGUAAUUUGCAGGACCCGCCUGAAGAAUGGGAAGCAAGUCAGGACCCGCCUGAAGAGUGGGAACAAGUCAGGACCCGCCUGAAGAAUGGGAAACAAGUCAGGACCCGCCUGAAGAAUGGGAUGAUCAGGAACCCGCCUGGAGAAUAGGGUCACCUUUCAAUUUCAAGUUCAGGAACCCGCCUGGAGAAUAGGGCCACCUUUCAAUUUCAAGUUCAGGAGCCCGCCUGAAUAAUAGGGUCAACAUUCAACUGCUUUUCAAUUUCAAGCUCAGGAGCCUGCCUGAAGAAUGGGGUGUACUUUGGGUUGCUUUCAAGUUCAGUCAGAAGUAGCACGAGUCCCGCCUGGAGAAUAGGGAUGACUUUAAAUUUUAAAGUUUAGAAACAAGCAUGAAGGUUCAAGUCAAGAUUCAAGAGAGGCUGCAUAGAUAGGGUCUUGUACUUGUAUUUUCUUUUUAACUUUUAUCUUUCAUUUGAUGUAAUAAUAGGACCGCGGACCGGAGCCUCAACAGGACCUCGCUCGACUAUUCACCUCAAUAUGUUUCAUCUCCCUUCUUACUCUUGAACUACACGUGACCUGAUUCCCUUAUAACCCGGGAUAUGUAGGAUGCCCAAAACCAGGGCUCGGUUGCAUUAUCUUCUUUCUUUCCCUUCCUUUUAGAACAACGGUAGGGUUAAACUAGUCUCUUUGUCUACUUGUUUGUUUGAAAACUCUUCGUGUUCCCAAUCAAACAGGGACAGCUGUAGACACGUGAUUUUUGACCCUCCCCGUGUGUUUCACCUUAUAGUGUUUAAAUAUUUCUUUUAAUUUUAAUUCUUGACGUGUCGAUUUUAUUCUAUUUUUAUUUAGUAGGCUUAUUUGCGAAAAUCAAAAAGAACAAAAUAUUUGCUAUUUUUAGAGUAUAAGUUUUGUAUUUUAAAGAAAGAAAAUUACAAAAAUAUGCUUUGUAGGUUUUAAUUUUGCUUAGACAGUUAUUUAUUUUAAGAUUUUUUUUUCUUUCUUUUCAGUUAUCUAGAAUUAGUUAUUAAAUAUAUAUAUAUAUUUGUUUUUAUUUAUUUAUUUUUAUUUUUACAUUAAAAAAAAAAUGAUGAGCAAAUGGGAUUACACCACCUCAUCACAUAAUGACAAAGCUCCGUAACAAACCUUAUCACAAAAAUAAGAAAAAGGGGGUCACGUUUUUGGUGGAAACAUUUUUUCAUAAAAAGGGGAUAGCAAAAAGGGGGCCCGCGGAUUUAGGGUCUGUUUUUGUGCACAAAGGAACACGUGAAUUGGGGGAUUAUUGUUAGGGGUGGGGACCACGAAGGGACCUAUAUCAUAUUCAAUCAAAAAAAAAAAAAAACCAGGAGGAGCAUCGUUAAAUAUAGAGAGCAGCUUUGUUUUUUUUUUUUUCGGGGGGGACUGCCUACUCUUUUGAUAGCAGUAGCCCACUAUACUUCUCUUCCAACACCUGAACUUUCAGCCGUCAUCCAACACCAUAUGAGCUCCACCAUUAGCUCAUCAUCUUCAUCUCCCUUAAACAUCCAAAGUUUAUGAAAAACAGAGUACCUUGAAUCCACUAUGAUUUCGGGUCUCGUAUCUCAUUUUUUGGGCUGAGUUAACGAGGUCGAGGUUGUUGUUUGAAGUCCUGCUUGGGGUUUCUGGCCGCUGGUUCCGCUCAAUGUCGCCGGUGAAAUAUUCGGGUCAAUAGCUUCAUCGAGUUCCUGUAACUUAAACAAAGAUUCAUCUAUACAAAGGUCCAUGGUCCUGUUUGCUUUCAAGUUUAGUCCGCAUUUUUCCUCUGUAAUCCAAUGCUUGGAGAUAUAAAUAGUUAUCAAUACAAUGAAGGAAGUUUUACGCCAUUAAGGUCCACUUCUUACUUUUCCUCUUUAUUUUUUAUUAUUACUAGUUCAUAUAUGUCUGUUGGAUUUUCGUUUUCCUCUUAGUUAUUUUUGAGCCGUUGAUUUUGCAUAAUCUUCGUUUCUGUGUAAGUUUGGAUCAUGCUGAUGUUUAAAUGGGGUUAUAAUACCUUCAUGGACCUUUAUUUGAACUACUGGAUAUAAAGUGUUUUGCUGGGUCUUUA